UUCUGAGUGGCAAAUGUAACGACUCAUCUUGACGGGGCUGCUUCUAGAUCAGGGCUUUAAGAUAAAAUAUUAGACCACAGACUGAGGAAAGUCAAAGUGAUUAUUGUAAGGAUACCUUGAUCUACCCUGGUACAUCAUGGCCUGUUUUGCUGUCACACUUGGUGUCAUCAUUCUGUCGGGAUCCAUCAAUCUCUCAGCGGCAAACAAGGACACCUGUGAUCUUUACGGUAGAGUUGGACAGGGUCUGACUCUGCCGUUUGUCUAUGAGGGACUGGCCAGCACACAUGUGCUGAGAUGGACUCAUAACAGCACCAUCAUUUUCUACAGACAACAAGACAGAGUGUCCGUUGGAAAGUCAGAGGACAUCUCUACAACCGGAUCUCUUUUGCUGAGGAACCUACAAUUCUCAAGUGCGGGGCUCUACCAAGCAAAUUUGCUGAAUCCCAAUGGUACACUGGCUAAAACAUGGACCGGUCGUCUCUGUAUGCUGGACAAGGUAGCAAAACCUCAAGUCACUUAUGUGUGUGAUGCCAAGUCUAGUGCUGUGAAGCUAAAUUGCAAUGUAGCUCAACCUCAGGGUUUGGUGUUCUCAUGGACACUCGACGGGAAGACCUUAACAAGCGAAACAAGACAAACACUGAGCAUAUCACUGGCACAGCUUAAAGGGGAGAGGAGCUUCACAUGUAGUGUGGCAAACAAAGUCAGCACAGAGAAGAGUGACACUGUUCAUCCGACCUGUAAAAGUCCACCGCCACCACCUUUUCUCUGUUUUCCAUCCAAAACUGUUGUCACAGUGCUGGCAGGAGGAGCAGGUCUGAUUCUGAUUCUGCUCACCAUAAUCAUCAUAUUAUGUUGCUGCCACAAACGAAACAAAACCCAAAUGAGACGCAGGGACAAAGGGGAGCUGAGGAUGCUUUCCCUAAGCAAACGAGAGCCGGACUCCAUCAGCCCAGAGUAUGAGACAAUGCACCCGACUGGAGACUCUCCACCCCCGGUUCCCAAGUCUUCACCCAGAGCCUGUUACGUGAGUGUUUCUCAGCCCGAAGCUCAGCCUGAAAACAAGCCUGCACAGCUAUCUACAGCUGCUGAGGGACAGCAACCUUCACCUGUGCCGAAGCCGAGGACGAAAGCUCCCCAGACACCAGGCGUCUGAAUGUGCCUCUCCAGGACUCCUCCGGAACUAAGACAAAAAGGCAUGUUUAAGAAAGGCACUUCGGAAAAUGUUGUAUUUUUGCCCACGGUUUUUGCACACACAUUCUUUAUGACUUUAAUGUUUCAGAUUAUACCUAUAUAGAUGCAGUCAUUUGACAACUAUCUGAACAAUCUGUGUCUGAGAUCAAUAGGCUUAGUCAUGAUGUGACUCUUGACUAAUAGAGUUUCCCUCCCACUGAAGAUUCACUUCUCCUAAAAGGCUUGACGUUUGUUUAGUUUCUUAUAAACUUCAAAUGUGAUAUCACAACUUAUCUACGCUGAAGUUUUGUUGUAAAUAUUUUCUAUUUAGCUGUAGUGGUGGAGUUAAGGGUUGGUGUAGUCUGAUCCCUGGUACACAUUAUAAUAGAAGAAACUGUGAUGGAUGAAUUUCAGAAUUGAUGUAAUGUUCUAAUGUUUAAUAUUACUUAUGGUCCAGUCUGUUUAUGUGUUUUAUUAUGACUUCUCUGACUCCAGAGCCAUUGUACUUCUUUGUUAUAAAUAAAGCAAUU